AUGGACUCGUCACAAUCAGCACUCCCUACGACAAAAUCCUACAUCGUCAUCGGCGGCGCCUCUGGCAUGGGUCUAGCAACUGUCCAUACACUACUGAACCGCGGCGCCCAAGUAGCCGUCAGCGACACCUCACGUCCCAACCUCGACUCUCUAUCCGCAAAUCUCUCCCCCACCACAUCAAGGCGAUGUCUCAUCCAACCCGUCGACGUCACAGACAAGAUCGCACUCCACGGAUUCUUCCACGCGCGAUCUGGGACAUCCGAUGAUGAGUAUGAGUAUGAGUAUCUUAUGAAUUUGAAUGUGCGGGGCUUGUUCAACGUGCUGUCGACUGCGUUGGUUCCGGGGUUUCUCGGCUCCGGCGAGAGCGUGGUUCAUGUUGAGAGCAUCUUCUCGCAGAGGGGGUUCAGGAAUGGGGCGGCGUUUGCGGCCUCGAGAUAUGCUGCGCUGGGGAUGGUGAGGAGUGCGGCGAUAGAGACGCAGGGGCGGGUGAGGGUGAAUCAUGUUUUACCGGGCGUCAUCGAUACACCGAUGCACCGGGCAAAUCUGGCGCGCGUUAAGGAUUUUACUACGACGCCGACGACGCCAAUUGCUCGGGAUGGUACAGCGCAAGAGGUUGCGAACGUGGUGGCUUCUCUACUGAGUGAAGAGAGUAGCUUCGUGACGGGAAAUGCGUGGAAUGUUGACGGCGGCGCAAACUGUUGA